UAUGUUAAAUCAUCAAGUAUUUCCUAGAUGUGGUGCCAAUGUAGAAUCAGUUUUGCCUUUUAGUUUGAAUGUGAAUCUCUGUUCGGUGAAGCCAGACCUCAAGAUCUGAAAAGGUUUGGUAGAAAAUAGGUCGUCGUGUGUGAAAAACAACUGAAGCUGAGUCUUGAGGCCAGUGGUAAAGUUCAAAGCUCAGCAGAAUGUUGUACACACAACACAGGCAGAGUGAGAUUCCACUCUAAUUUGGUCUGUGGCAUAACGCUUAGCAUUGUAAAAGUGCUUUUUUUUUUAUGUGUGUCACACUUUUAGCCCUGAUCGGCCAUGACAGCACUGUCUUGUGCACUGUCUAUGUUUUUAUAGAUCAGGUAGUAACCAUAGUUGCCAGCCAGGUAGUAACCAUCUGAUCAGCCUGAGCCUGAAAGGCAACCCCUGCAGCUCUGGCAGUGCCUCCGUGGGUGUGGUGAGUGAAAUUUAGGCUGUAUGAUUCACAUGUGCCCCAGGAUACAUCUCCUCCACCCCAUCAUGGAAUGCUCAGCAGUCUGCACACAAAGGAGGCUGUUGCGCACUCCACAAAAAUGAACGUGUGAAUGUGUGAAUGUGUUUAUGUGUGCGAUAGAGGUAGAGAGUUGGGAGUGGCUAGAGAGGCUGCUCCCCAAGACUGUGAAACACACCUGUUGAGGCAGUUUAGAUGAAGCAAGGAGCUAGUUGGGAUUGGAUACUUCCUAUUACAAGCUAAGUACACUGAAGGAAGUUUUCUGGAAGAGAGACAUACACCUGACGCGAGAUCUGAAAUAGAGAAGACUUGAAAGUGCGUAGCCUAAAGCCCCUCCACAGUCGACUAUGACUGAACACCUUAGAGGGAGUCACUAUGGGUCCUCCCUCCCAGAGCUGCGGCUUGUCCUUUUGGGGACCAUCGGAUGUGGAAAAACAGCAUCAGGGGACACAAUCCUGGGCCAGCUGUCUCCCACCUCUGGCGACUCCAGGAGCUGCCAGCUGCGACAGGGCUUUUCCGAGGGCAGGAGGCUGACCUUGGUGGAGGCACCGAGGUGGUACUGGAACGGCAGCCACAUGGAGGAGAAUGUAAAGAAAGAGACAGAGCGGGCAUUGAAGCUGGUAGCCCCGGGCCCACAUGCAUUUCUGCUGCUGGUGCCAGUUGGCCAGUUCACAGAGGUGGAGGGCUGUGUGCCUGCAGAGCUAGAGGAGGUUUUUGGGGAGGGUGCGCUGCGCCACACCCUUAUCCUACUGACCUGUGGAGAUUACCUGAUGGGCCGGACAGAGCAGGCUUAUCUGCAAGGAGAGGACCCAGGCCUCAGGGAAAUUAUCGAGUGCUGCGGAGGGAGGUACCACUUCAUCAACAAUCGUCAACGUCAGGACAGGGAGCAGGUCAGGACUCUGCUGGAGAAGGUAGAGAAUAUGGCACAGAGGAAUGGAGGAUGCUACCAGAAAACACUUGAAGAGCUGGAGACGGAGAGACUAGUGAGAGAGAGAGAGCAAGCACUGAGGGAAUUGUACCGAGUUAAGGCAGAGGAGAAAAGAGAGACAGUGGAGCCACAGUUCAUCUCAGACACACAGAGGGAUAGAGCAGGAGGAGAGGAGUAUAGGUAUGCCACCUCCUUGGAGAGGAGGAGAGAAGACGAGAGGGAGGAGAUGGACAGGAGAGUGUCUGCGAGCCAAGUGGCCAAUGGGCUUCAUUCAGCCCCAGCACCAGAGCCACAGUCAUAUUCAGAGUGUUGUAAUGACAGUACGUCCCAAAUCCAGAGGAGCCCCAGUUUCAAACUAAAUGCAGAUGGCGCCAGACUCUCACAACUAUCUGAAGUCCAACCAACCAAGAAAGUGAUGAGUACUUUCCACCACAGAAUCAACAGCCAAGGAGGGAAAUCUUCCCCCGAGGUUUCCCCGACCUCUCCUCCCCAUUCGCCGGUCUUUUCCUCCUUUGCUGCGUCAACAUCAACUUCCGACUCCUCCGUGUCCUCCUCCUCUCCAGAGCUGCGCCUGGUGUUGCUCGGGCGGUCCGGAGCCGGGAAGAGCGCAGCUGGAAACACCAUCCUGGGUCAGGAGGCGUUUGAGUCGUACCCGGACAGCCUCACAUCCAUCACUCAGGAGUGUGAGAAAAAGAAGGCACUGGUCGCAGGGAGAAGGGUUGCAGUGGUGGAUACACCAGACUGGUUCAAGUCGGAGCAUUCGCCAGAUGAGGUGCGAGCUCAGAUCUCCUCCUGUGUUGCACUGUCCAGUCCUGGACCCCAUGCCUUCCUCCUGUGUGUCCCGGUAGACCAGUCUGCCAAAACCGAGCUGCAGGCUUUGGGGGCCCUUGAGGCUGUUUUUGGCCCUGAAGCGGUUCAGACACACACCUUGAUCCUCUUUACAUAUGCUGAUCGACUAAGGAAGAGCGGGAUGGCAGGAGAGAACAGUGUGGAGGCAUAUAUCGCCCGUCAGCGAGGGGAUCUGUUGAAGCUGGUGGAGAAAUGUGGGGAUCGGUUUCAUGUGAUGGAGAGGGGAGGAGGCGAGGGGGAGAGGAGGAAUGUGUCCGAGCUGCUGGAGAAGGUGGAGCAGACAGUGAAAGAGGGAGGAGGACAGUGCUAUUCAUGUCCUGCUUUUCAAGAAGCAGAGGAGAGAGUGAGGGAGAGACAGGUGGAGAUGGCAAAGGAGAGGAGGGAGAGACGAGAACAAGAAAGGCUAAAAGAUGAACAGUUCGGUGUUAGAAGGCAGAUACUCCAUUCCUCCAUGCAGCCUUUGGCAGAGAGAGAAGAGGAGGAAGAGGAAGUGAGAGAAGAUGAGAUUGAGGAAACAAGGGAUGAAGCAGAGAGGAGUGUGAGCACCAUGAAUCUUGAGAGUCUUCCUCCUAUUUCACGUUCCACCAUGUCUCCGUCAUUUAUUCGCUCCGUGUGGGAAAAAAUGGAGUCUGGUGCAAAGAUGGUUCCCAAGCUGCUGUCAGACAGUUCUGAAUGGGUUGGUUCAGGAGCAAAGAGCGUAGCAGCUAGUCCAAUGUGGGGAACAGUUGGCAGUGGGGCAAAAAAUGUCCAAAAGAUGGUGGUUGAUAGUUCUGUAUGGGGGAAAAUGGGAGUCAGUGCUGAACAGGUCUCCAAACUAAUGGCUGAUAAUGCAAUGUUGGAGAGGCUCAGGGCACAGAAAGUCCCCAAGCUGGUGGUAGAUGGUUCUACAUGGGUGGGAUCCGGAGCAAAGAGGGUGGCUGCAAGUCCCAUGUGGGGAACAGUUGGGUCAGGUGCCAAAUCUGGGGCCAAACUAAUAGCAGACGGUUCCAUGUGGGUUGGGUCUGGGGCCAAGAGUUUGGCGCAGAGUCCCAUGUGGGGAAAGGUAGGAUCUGGGGCUAAAUCUGGAGCCAAAAUCAUGGCUGACAGUUCUAAGCGGGUUGGAGCUGGAAUUGGAACCGGCGCAAAGAAUUUGACACAGAGUCCCAUGUGGGGAAAGGUCGGAUCCGGGGCAAAAAGUGGAGCCAAAAUGGUGGCCAGUGGUUCAAUGCGGGUUGGAGCUGGAAUUGGGGCUGGGGCGAAGAAAGUGGCACAGAGUCCAGUGUGGGAGAAGGUGGGGUCUGGAGCCAAAGCUGGGGCCAAAAUGGUGGCUGAGAGCUCAGUGUGGGAGAAAAUCAGCACUGCUGCUAAAAAGGUACCAAAGGUAGUUAUAGGAGGUGCGUUGCUUGGUCUGGUGCUUGGGGUGUUUUUGGGGGGUGCAUUAGGAGGAGCCAUAGGGGCUGCUGCUGGGUCUGCGGUCACUGAGGUGGGCAGACGAAAAUUGACCGAAAAAGAUACACUGAAAGAGCUGGAUAAUGCUGCAAAAGAUGCAGGGCAGACAGUGGAUGACAGAGUGGAAUCAAUAGUCAAACAUGGAGAAAAAGUUUUGAAAGCAGAUUGAUAUGACACGGGUCAUGAGCAACUGUCAAUAAAAUAUAUAUGUAACAAAUAUAAGAUCAUUCCAGUUUAACUGGUUUCAAGGUAAUUGUGGCAACACCAUAAAAAAACUGUGGAAAAUAAUUUUAAUUUUGACAUGUACUGAUAAUCUUGUAAAAUGCAGACUUAUCCUCCCUUUUGUGACCACAGAUUUACCCAUGAGCUACUCACAGAGGCCUUUGUAGUUAAGAUUUACUUUAAAUUCACGAGAAUGCAUUUAUUAAUGUUUUUUUAAAUCUGUAUUUGUAGCUUGGUCUACAAAUUAAAUGUGACUCUGCCUAAUGAUGACUAUUUUUUGAGAUUCUGUUCAGGAUGCUUAUCCUGCAACAGUAUAAAUUAGGGCUGAACAAUUUAUCAAAAAUAUUAUCAGAAGCGCAAUAUAGCCACGUGCAAUAUCCAGAUCGCAGGAGCUGCAACGUUUUGAUGGAGACAAAACAUUGUUGUAAAUAAAGCGGUGCUAUAGAGAUGGCCUACAAAUCAUGCUUUCAAAAUGUAAGAAAACAUAUUUGUUUGGCACAGACACCAGCAAAAAUCACAUUGUUUUAAUAGCUUUUUCAGUGAAAAUGAAAAUUAGAACGCAAAAAUGAUCAUUCCUGCUAAAAUCAUUUAUCAUAUCGCACUGAUAAUAUCUAAAAUUAGUGGUAAUAUUAUUUUUUUACCAUAUUGUUCAGCCCUAAUAUGAACUGGAGCUUCAUGAAAACUGACAGAAUGUACAUAGAGGCUUGAAAUGAUGAUUUAGCAGUUACGUCAUAUGAUUUAUACUGUGUGAAAGUUACAGUGAUAUUGCAAUUAUUCUGCCUAAUGUUUGAAUAGUUAAACAUCUUAUUUCCUCUUUGUUGCUUAGCGUGAGCAAUUAAAAACAGAAAGCUAAAGGCAUUAGCUAAAACUUAAUUUUGCAGGUCAUUUUAUAAAUAUAAGUUUAUAUUAACGCAUUAUAUUGAUCACAGAAAACCUUGAUUAGUGAUGCUU